UGGCGAGAUCUCGUCUGGAGGUGACCUGAGAGAUCUUGUUUUUGUAUGUGGUCUAACGGCUUAAAAAAAAAGCUAGCAUGAUAUGGGGUAGGAGCAAAGGCAGCAACCAAGCAAGGUCGAUCGAAGGCAUUUGCUCUCCGUUGCCUGUGCCUGCCUAUCGGUGGUGGUGUUGGAGGCAGCUUUUCUCCCUAGCGAUGUAGGAAAAAUGCCAGCGAGAAGAAAAAAGGGAAUUGGAACUAAAUAGCACAACGCUCCAACACCCACCCCACACCAAGUGUCACGACGGUUGUUGUUAGGCCUGUUUUUUGCAACUGUAUUGUGAUUGAAUUGCGAUACACAUAAAACUACCUCACCACAACACAACCACACUCAUAACCAUAAUGGGGAUUCACACAACGGCGCUACUACCCAUCUCUUUCGCCUAUUCUUGAACGUUUCAACCAAGAACAACACACGCGCGUCACGACCUGAUCGGUGGGGUGUAAGGGGUGUGUGUGUGGUUGGGUGUUUCCUGGUCCGGAGAAAAGGGGUGGUAAGAAAAUAGGCGAAACACCCCACUGGCGAAGCAGCCUGAGGGGGGUACCACUGUGGAAGAGCAGCAUAUUUGUUUGUGGGGCAGCAAAAACGCUCGCUCUUCUCUUCUUUCUCUUCGUCGGUCGUGUGGAGCGGGGAAGCUUGUUUGCUUAGUAAGCUUUUUGUGUGCGUUUCAGCGCGCUGCAGUUGGUGUAGCCGCAGCACAGCACCACCUUCUGCGCUCACUUUAAGGUCAUCUUGCCCCCUUAGAGUACCAGUAGUGAUGGUGAUGGGCGUGUGUGUAUGUCGUCGUAGUCGUAGUCGUUCUAUCGCUCACCCAGCCAGAGAGUGGUGCGCGAGAGAGCAUUUGUUUUGUUUGCGCGGAUGGUGCAGAACACAAAAGAAGGGACAGGAAUCACCCCCUCCCGCACGUCGUAGUCACUCUCUUCCCUUGGAACGUGGUGGGCACCACAACCUGUCCUCUGCCUCCCGCUCUACUCGACCUGGACACUCUCCGCAAAUUGUCAGCUGGUUUUUGUUCGAAGCAUUCGAGCAGAAGAGCAAAAAAACACACCAUCACAGCGCUCCAACCAGUAUCUCUCCCUGGUGGUAGUGGUGGUGGUGGUGGUGGCUUCAACGACCCGUGGGGUGGGGAGCAUAACUUGACAGACGAACCAGACGUCCUACAAAAGCUUGCGUAGCAAAUAGUUUCCCUUGUCUCUCUGCGGGGUGUGGAUGUAGUAGUGAUGGCCGUCUACGCGGUGCCCCUAUCCAUCUCUCUAUAUACCUUGCACAAAGUCACAAACUCUCGCACACAAACACACACUCGCAUACACACAUAUGACCCAAGUCUUCCGUACCGCGAGUCCGCGAUCACUGAGUCUUCCGCCUACUUCGGCCUCCUUUGACGGGGGCAUUUUCAUGCUGCUUGCGCAGCAGAGGAUGUUUAUUGCGCGGAAGAUCUCUCGAUCUCCCCCAUUUGCGCUUGUGUUCUGUUCUAACACUCUCCUCGCGGCACGAGCGCGAGCGAUUUACGUGUACGCUUUACUUUUGCUGCCUUUUUGUACCCUUUGCUCCGUAAUUCCCCGCGCGCGCGCCGUCUUCAAUUUGCGUUACUUGCUCCAUCGAUCAUGCUUAUACCGUUCGGCCAUAUUCGUUUCGUUCCACUGCACAAUCACUUGGCAGAACGCGGUAAAUAAGACUAGCACUACUGCCAGCCCCAGAGUCGCAUUAGACGGUCUUAAGAACGGGUUGCUUUGAUUGAUGUAAAUUGAAUGUGUAGGUUUCGUCGGUACAAUUGCUCCAGGGAUUCUUCCUCCUUUUCAUGGUGGAAUUUUCAUGUGUCUGUGAUUUUACGAAUCUAAACGAAACUGUUCUUUGUAAUGCAAUCUAAAACAUUAAACGAUAAUUUGUCUUGUUUAUCUCUUUAAAAGAAAAUUGCUACCAUUCUCCCACGUGCGCGCCACUACCGACCAUGACCUGCGACAAAGGAGCGUUAGACCGUAUCCCUAGUGCUGUAUGUGUGUGCUCCUCUCCACAGUGUGUCCGUUAGGUUAAAGGUUUUGUUGAUUCUGUUUCACUGUCCAAACGCCGCCGCAACAUCCUUUAUACUCAGCAGACAAGAAAGCAUCUCAUCCCACUGGGCGUUGUCUCGUGCAAGGGAAAAUCGGUCUUGUAGCAGUAAAGACCAUAUCCAAAGAGGCAACCAUUGGGCACUUUUUGUAGUAGUAGUAGUGGUAGGUAGUGCGAAACCUCCCUCGACCAACCAACAAAGGUCCUUUGUGUGUGAUCCACUGGAUAGCGAAAGGACUCGCCGCUGCGGAAGAAAGACACCGAACAAAAUGCUUCUUACCUCCUCCUCCUCCUGUGGACGAGUAAAUGAUUUUUCCAUGCUUUUUCACGCAAUUUUUAAGUUUCCUGUUCCGCAUGGUAUUGAUGUUGCUUUUUUUUUUGUGGGGUUUCUUCUGUAAGCAAAUGUUAAUUUUGACUUUCUGCAUGCGCUGGAUGGGUUUCGUUCGUUCGUUGCGUUGUCCUCGAACCCCAGGCAUGAGGAGAAUGAUUUCUUAUUCAGUCCUACUUAACAACCUAUGACGGGAUCAUCAAGCGCUAAGAAUGGGUUUCCUUUGUGAAGCACUUAAGCAAUUAACCUCAUCUUUUGCAGCUUCCGAGUUACUGCUAACUGCUUGCGCUCGUUACCGUGCAGUAGAGCGAUAAGGGCAACUGUUAUGUGGUUUUGUGGUUUUUAGCGGAUAAAAUGAACGUUUGUUGAUAAAUUGUUAUUAAGAUAUCACUCACACACACACACCAUCGUAAUUCUAGUUUUAUUUUAAAAAAAUAAUCUAGUCUAAACUAAAUCUAAUCAAAAAAAUAUCGAGUGAACAGGUACAAAAUGCAGAAAAUAUUUUAUAAAACUCUAGUCUUGAGAUAAGAUCUACUGCUAUCAUUCUAAAUAGAAAGUUUGUUUUUUAGAAAAGUUGAAAUACAAAAUUCAAUACAAGUGGCAACAUGAGCGGGUGAUAAGAAUUAGAAGCAUUUAUAUUAAUGGUUCCAUGAAAAUUAUUUCCCAGGCGUGUUUGUCCUCCCGUCCCACAACAUCUAACAAGUUCUCGAUUUGCUGUGAUACUUAAUAAGUCUAGGAAGCGUUUUAAGACCGGCAAGACCUCCCCGUAGAACGUCAUUAAGAAAAAUGGGGAAAAACGGACGGUUCGUGAGGGAAAUGAUUAUUUCUCUCUUCAAUCCCACGAAAAGAUAAGAAUCGUAUUACGUGUUGUUAUCGGCUCGGGGGAUUGGGAGCUUAGCUUAUCUUAUCGCCGCCUUGGUUACAUUCAAAACUCCUCCCACAUGUGAAUCAUUCGGUUUCUGAACAUGUUUCUCGACCAACUAAACAGGAUCUUUAUCUUUGUACUUGUGAGUGUGAUGAACCCUUUUGAGAGUGGAUUCGGAUUGCCCUUGGUCAGCUCUUUCUGUGUAGCUUCGUUUGGAGGCCCAACUUUUUUGAACAAUUAUUUUGUGCUAUUUAAGCGAACCAAUUCUUCAACAUUGUUCAUUGGAAACCUUUCGCAAGGGCUCGUGGGUUGAUUUAAGCCUUUUUUUGUGACAGUUUGAAGCAUCGAAAACAUGGAUCUCCAGGGAAAAUGUAUUGAAUGCUAUUUUUGCUUCCACAAGAGCCCCCGACGCGCCCGUCCUUGUCUCAAACUAAUGAUUCUCAUUAGCUCAACGGCCGGUUGGACACACACACACGCAUUAGCUUUGCUGGAAGGUUUAUGCGUCACAACCUGUUUUUGCGUCUCCGCCAACCGCUGUUAUCGCCCUCCCCCUCUCUCUCCCUCUUUCUCUCUCUCUCUCUCCUUGUUCGUUUCAUCCCUUUAUUUGGCUGGCUGGAGGUUGGUGGACGGACGGCUCGUUUCUCCCCGGAGUGAUUCCUUCUCCUUCUAUCUCUUCUCUUCCUUUGUUUUUAUUGACUAUUUUCUCCGCUUGAUAAGCGAUACUCCGCCACCUUCUUCGCUUCUCACUCAUGUGCCCACCCGCCCGGAAGGAGAUUAGCCGGAACUGACGCCAUUUAAUGGGUCGGACAGCGGAUGGAAUCAACAGCAACAACAUUCACCAAGUUCGUGAUGUAGAAACACACCAACCCCUCCGUGUCCCGUGUGUAAGGCUUCGUCGUCAUCGUCGUCGCUGCCGCCGUCGCCACAAAAGCAAAUAGAAAGGCUCGCGGAGUCUCUUAGUAUGAAAAAUAAUCUUUUAUUAUGAAUACAUACGUGUGUGCGAGAGUGCGUGUGUGUGUUUUUUUCUUCCAUUGCGUGUGGUUCAACCCCCCCGUGGUCGCAUAGAGAGAGAGUGUUGGUGGUGGCAGUAUGACCAUUGCUUUAUCAUGAGGGUUAUUUUAUUUUGCGCACUCUUAUCACGUUGUAACGUGUCCUUUUGCUAUCGUGGGGGGGGUUCGUGUACUUUUGCGUUAAAAAUGUUGCGUUGCGAGACACUGUUUUAUCAACACAACAAUUUAAACCAAUCUGAUGGCUUUUUGCGCUCUGGGCAAUGAUUUCCGUGGACCUUUGUAAAUUACGCACCAAAGCGCGCUGCAGAGUAUUGCGUCUUUUUUCCCUUAACACAUCAGUGUGGCGUCCGCUAUACAACACUGUACAACUAUGCGCUUGUGUGUAGUUUUCUUCCUCUUGCACUUUGGCAUCGAACGAAUCGGCUCGCAGCGAUCGUCGUCGUCGCCGUGCCGCUUUAAUCUGCGCACUGGUGCGUUGUGUGGUAUCGCAUUGCAACACAAUAACCCGAAACCCGCUCUUCAAGUGUUGAAUCACGGCAGCCGCUUGGCUGUGUGAGUGUAUGUGCGUAUGCGUGCGUGUGUUUUUAGCGUGACGUAGUGGAAAAUCAAGUUACUCGUCCAACACAGGAAUGAGAGAGAAAGAGACACAUGGUGAGGGUGAAGGGAACAGUUGGCGAAGUGAGAAGAGCACCCACGCGCACACCCCACACCUUGCAACGGAUAAACCGAACCGUGCCGGGUGCCUCCUGCACCACCAACCGUCCGGACUCCGGAUCAGGGGCGGUCAAAAUGAAGAGGCAAAAAAAAGCGAGACACACACAACACAACACACAACCCCCUUAUGUCUGCACAACGCACAAAGAGAUGGGACCGCGCCGUUCAGUACGGAAAUCCACCGAGGUGUACAAGAAUGGGCACAUAAACACAAAGGAGGCUGAAACAGAAAAAGGACGGGAAAGAGAGAAUUUACACCUCGCUCACUCUUUCUCACUUUGUUUUUCUAACUCUCGAGCAGCGCGGAAACGCAAGGAAACAAAGCGAAUAAGGGAAACGCGUUUCAUCAACCGUGUGUGUCUCCGUCUCUUUCUCUCGCUCGUUUUCUCUCUGCCAACAACGGAGUGAAAUAUUUGCUGGGUAAUUCCGUCUGGCUUUGGUGGUCGCUUUCCUUUUGGCGCAAGUGAGACAGCACACUGCUACCUGCCGCAGGAUAAGCGAGCGCGAGAGAGCGAGAGCAGAAGGGCAGCAGCAGACUCUCUCUCUAUCUCGCAUAUGGUUUGAAGUCAACGGUGGGGACCCCCGCUCACGUAGCAGCCAGCAGGCGAGCAGUGUAGCCGUCAGUACGAGCCAAGUUGUGAAAUCGUUCGGAUCGUUCGGGAAGAACGCAAACGCUGCAGUGCCCGUCCGUUGCGUUGGUCGCAGUUUUUUCUGGCUUUGAGUUGCCUUCGUGUGUGUGCGAGUGUGGUGUGUUGUGCAGUGGUGCGCGCCCUGUGUUCAACCUUGGAUGCACCAGUGGAAUAGGUGUGCUUAGAGAGCAGCCGCCCCCUUCUUCCUCCUCAAUCGUCAUCGCUCAAGAGAGCCAACGCAGAUCUUGUUUUCUGCCGUCGUCGUCGCCGUCGUACCUAGGAGUGUGUGGCUGUGCCAUCAGGCAAAUUGAUGAUCCAAAAACAACCAAUUCAACGUGACACGACCAAACUCGAGACUUAACACUUUCGUCAAUAUCCCUCGGAUACUGUAAGGCAUAAAUCAACCUUCGGUAGAAAGAAGGCACAUUAGCCUACUCAAAGAGUAAAAAAAGAAGAAAAGAAAAAGGUUGCCAACCAACGGCCAAACAAGUUAUACUGUGCUCUCCACAAGGAAGUGUGGAAGAAACAUCGCUUUCUUCUAUGUUUUCUACCGCGAGGAAGGAUCAACAACGGAGCAGCCACCGUCGUCGCAUACAUCUGUAGUAGCUGCAACGACAAGGAAAAACAAAUCCUCGUUCGUCGACUGGACACACGAACAUCGUGCGCGAGAUCUGUAUUUUAAGUGCGGUUCAUUCAUUUUUCGGCUUGUCUUGUCUUAGUGUCGAGGGGCGCGCAGGCGGUGUUGUAAAUCGAUCGAAUCGAAAUCCAUCAGUAGCAAUAAUAACGAAGUGUGUAUAUUGGACUGUAGAAGCUUACUAAACAGACUGAUCCCCACUACAGCACAGUAGCAGUAGCAGCAGGAAAGCAUUCUCUCGUACAACACUGUACGCAAUCUAUUGGGAGAGUCCUGUUACAUCCAAGUAACCAUUUCACAGCGAGUGAAAGGAAAUUCAUAGUGAAAAAAUCUUGCUUGAAGAGGAGAGAGGAGCAGUACUGUGCUUGUGGAUGUGUGUAUCGUUGCUCAAAACCCCGUGUGUGCGUGCACUGUGUUGAGGUCAAAAUUGCGCCUUCAAUCAUUAGCGGACGACGGAGGAGUAGCUGCUAGCCGGAGUGGUACUGGAUUACACAUACACCGUAAAACAACCGUGUGCGUGUGUGUGUGUGUGAGUGUGUGAAGAGCCGAGGGCGAGAGCUUAGAGCAGUUGGUGAGUGGACAGGGGAGGAUGGAGCGCGAAUCAAAUGCAAUGCAGCCGAUGUGUAGAUCUGGAUGUGGUUUCUACGGUAAUCCGGCACAGGAUGGAUUAUGUUCAGUUUGCUACAAAGACGUGCUCAGAAAGAAGCAACAGCCACCGGUUAGCAGUACGCCUUCCAGCAACAAUGCACCUCAAGCACCUCCAUCUGGCCAGUCGGUAACAGCGUCCUCAGUUAGCAUCCGUCCUGUCGUGACGCCGCAAAGCUUCGCCAGCAGCAUCGCUAGCAGCAACACAACAACCACAUCAGCCUCCUCUGCAUCAGCGUCGGCCGCGUCACCAUCGGCGUCGUCCUGUGCCGCUUCCGCCAACAAUCCGGUAGUGUCCGCUACCUACACAGCACAACCGACCGUGCAUAGUGCCCUGUUCUGCUCGGACAAGGAUGAUGAAUGUUUACCCGAAGAAAAGUGUCAUACAAUUGCCUUUGGCGAUAGCGUGUCCGAAGAGGAAGAAGAGCAGGAGGAUGAGAAUGAUGACGAAGAAGAAGAGGAAAUAGUUUGUUACGAGAUUGAUCUGAUUGAUGAUUCUGGUCCGAUUGAUAAUGUGCUUCACCUUGCCAAGCAGCAGGAAGUGACCCACGAUAACGAACAGCAGCUGGUCGUUAUUAUGGAAAACCUAAGCGAUGAAGACGAUGACUCAGUGUCGCUUGGUCAUUUUAAUGUUUCGUUUGAUUAUGAAUCAAAAACAUUUGAAGAUUCUGCAAGUAGCUCCACUCCUCGUGUAAUGAAAUCAACAAGUUUGGAGGCUGAGAAAGUAUCCAAUCUUGGCGGCCCAGCUCGUAGUCAGACGAACGCUAAAAAACGGAAAAUUAGCGCUGAUGACAGCGGUAGCCUUGGGGGACAUAGUAAUAACAGUUCCAUAGCCGAUAACGAAGACAAAGAUGGUGAUAAGGAAGAUGCCAAGAAAAAGAAGAACCGUUGUGCAACUUGCCGCAAGAAAGUAGGAUUAACCGGAUUCGAGUGCCGGUGCGGAGGACUGUUCUGCGCGAUACAUCGAUACAGUGACAAGCACGAAUGUUCGUUCGAUUACCGAGAACUCGGUGCUGCAGAAAUUAGGCGUAACAAUCCCGUCGUGGUUGGCGAAAAGAUUCAGAAAAUUUGAACACCCUUCGUGCCAUCGUAUCGUAAUAGUUCUUCACACAGUGUGCAGCAGCUUCGUCAAGCGGCAGCGGCACCGGUCACCAGCAUCGUUACAGUCACUCCACCACCACUUAUAAGCAUAUGCCGUCAUAUGUCUCGUCAAAUUCGUAGCAUUUUCUUCUCGACUCGUCGUUUCCCACGUGUGUCGUGUAGUGAGCGAGAGAAGGAUAGGAAGAUUGAGGGGAAGAGGAGAGUGUACAAGAACAGCGCGCGUUAUUACUGAUGCGAGGUGGUUCUUCCGAUAUGGUUUAUCCUAAAACAAACCGCCGCCCUCUCCUUCUUUCCUAUCUAAUUCUCCAUCAUUUUAAAACGUUUGUGCUGCUUGCUCUUCUCCAUACGCGAGCAACCACUGCUUCGUAUUCCGUUGUUUUCUGCCUCACGGUGACGCUGUCCGAGUGUAAAUAUGGCUUCAUAUUUAAAACUUGAACGAGCGAAACUGAAGACAUCACGUUAGCGGCACAACACGUGCUGGAUAGCAAUCGAGUGCGGAGAAGACUAGCUAACGUAAUCGAUCGGUAUCCCAUGCGCUACAUAGCAAACAGAUGCCAUGGGAAAGGAAACAAGGCUAAGGCAUGAAAGCGCCAAAUUUUAGUAACCUAGUGCAGGGCGUCGUCAAAAACUGGCCGGCAAUAAGGAAAUCCCCACGAACAAGACAGAAAUGAUUCAGCUAAUCCCACUCAUACGAGCACGCGGGUGUGUAUUUUCGUUAAGAGAAAUAAUUAUGAGAGUAGAAUUAUUUUACAACAUUACACACACAAACACAAACACACACACACGCGCGACUGCACAUGGAUACACAGCACACACAACAUGAUGCCACCCACACUUUACAAUCUAAAGAAUUAUGAAAUGAGACACAAUAAACAAGCGAACACAUUGUGAAAGCUACAAACGCACACGCCACCACCCAUACGAGCACGUACAAUGCUAAACGCGAAGCACGCGCGCACACACUGGCUCAUGCGUACAAACGGCUGAUAAGUGCAUAAAUCCAAUCGGAUCUUGCUAGAGCAUGAUGCAAGUCACUUUUAUUCCUACAAAAAAGUGCUCCUUCUAUGUAAUUGUCAAGUGGGUCUUGCUUCCUACUGGACUGGCAAACACAGAAAGGGACUUUGACGCGCUUGCGUCUAUUGCGUAGCGAUUGUGUGAUGUGAGUGAGUGUGUGCGCGUGCGCGAGUAUGUGUCGAGUUCUCAAGUUCUAAAGAUUUUACAGAGAAAGGUAAUUCAAACGUAGCAACGCGUGUAGUGGAGAACACUACGCUAUCGAAGUUGAAAUUGUGCAAUCAUCUUGAUCGCUGAAGGGAAGGAACCACUGUGGGCGAGCUUUGGAAGAGAUUCAGACACACAUUCAGAUCGUUUUCGUAGAACCAACACUCAAUCCGCAGUAGUAGAGGAAAUAUUAUCACGCUUAUGUUUUUUUUAAACACCCCCCCUUGUAUCAUAGUAAUAGGAAUAAGUCAGUAACACACAUGAUGAUAAUGAUGAUAUGAUGAUACAUUGGUUUGACGCGACACACGUUCGAUUGGUUUUUUCAACUUCUUUCCCUUAGCUUCUGUGUGUGUGUGUGUGUGUGUGUAUUCAAGGCAAAUAAACUAUGAUGUAGCUACGAUUUAGCCGUUACAGCUUUGAGAUUCAUUUAAGCUUUAUUGGCGAAUAGUGUCCAUAGCUGCGUUUUUUUUUUUUGAGUAUUAGGUAUGGAUUUCGUCGAGAAUGCGCGUAACAUCAGCACAGCUUUGGCUGAUGGCCACACACUACUGCACACACGGAAAAUAUUUCUGCAAAAAUCAUACUAGCCUCUAGUUUAAUUAAUGUACAUAUGAAUAUACAGAUAUGCUACUUUCAUUUUCGGAUUUUUUCUACUGUGUGAUGAGCUGGUUUCCGCAGUCGUUGUUUUUAUUUUGUUUCGCAAAAAAAGAAUCGUUUACUCCUUGCUGUUUUGAAUUCUAUCGUUUUCUCUAUUCUCGAUCUUUUUCUCUUCAGUUCAGUUAUACAUGUUCUAUCAAUGAUGCUCUUUAUCAAUCAUCAUCCGUUGUUGUCUUGUUAGUCUACUUAGUUUUUUUUUUAAAUAAAACGAUUGAAUUUAUUGUUUUAGUGGCGUAAAAUCUAUCAUCACUCGGCGGCUUUUUUUUAGCACAAUUCCUUGUUACUUUAGCAAUUUCGUAGAACUUUGUUGUGUGUUGUGCUUCACUAAAUGUUUUACAUGCUUCGGUAUGUGAUAGUUUUUUAAUCACGUACAAUAAAAAUGUAAAAAAAAACAAUCAAUCUUUUCAAAUAUCCUGCAAUAUAAAUAAUUUUAAUACGUCUGCAACACAACACUCUAAAAGGGAAACAAAUCAACAAUUCUUUGACUAGUAGACGGAUUAUUAUUGCCCAAUUGAUGAACACAUUACGCAGAAGAAGUGAUGAAUAUCGAUUUUAUAACACAAAGAAACUGUGAAACCAUGCAGUGCAGUGGGCGGUGGGUGAUGGGUGUGUUGAUCAUUCGAAACCCGUCGUCAUAACCGAAUGACUGCAAUCGAUUAUCAAACCCCAGGAUAACAGUCACACACACACAAUCAGCCAACUCACAAUAGCGAUCAUCUUCCAAUAGAGAGUAUGAAUAAAGAGGGAUAGAGAGAGCUCUACCGUUCGAAAACCAAUACGUUUAGUUUGCGAUUGUGCGUGUACGUGUUACGUGUGCGUGAAGUGUGUGCGUGUUAUGUAUUUGGUUUCCUUUUUUUUGUGUUCUGCUUGAACUUAGUUGUAGGGAGUGCGCGGUGGUUUGCGGAAACACGAAUUAGAUAAUGGAACAGAUGAAACACAUGGGGAUAAAUAUGAAUGGAUAAGAAAACAAAUCUAAUUCGUUUAUAAAUAUACAUAUAUACAUAUAAAAAUAUAAAAGUACUAUACAUA